AUGGGACGAAAGUACCUUGGCGGUUCGGGCGAAAGCCUCACAGUGUGGAUAUCCAUCGCCGCCUCUACUACCAUCAUCUUUUACGGUUACGAUCAGGGAGUUUUUGGCAAUGUCCUGAUCAAGAAAAACUUCCUCGAAACCAUGGGCAACCCCAGUACCGAUGAUCAGGGAACCAUGACAUCCGUAUACAACCUUGGCUGCUUCGUCGGUGCUCUCUCAACCCUGUACUCCGGCGACAAGCUCGGCCGCCCCAUGACUCUGAUGCUUGGAAGCACUGUUGUUGGGAUCGGUGCCAUCAUCCAGACUUGUUCCUUUGGUCCAGCCGAGAUGUACGUCGGCCGUAUCAUCGGUGGUCUUGGAACCGGUAUGAACACGGCAACCGCCGGUGUCUGGCAGUCUGAGACGUCCAAGAUGAGGAGUCGAGGCAAGCUCAUCAUCAUCCAGAUGGCAAACUGUAUCGUCGGAUUUGCACUCUCCAACUGGUUGACCUUGGGUUUCUCCUUUGCCCCAGGAAGUGUCUCUUGGCGUUUCCCUCUGGCCUUUCAGUUGUUUUUCUCCCUUGUGAUCAUGACCAUGGUCCCCUUCCUCCCUGAUUCCCCUCGUCUCCUUAUCCGUAAGGAGCGCCACGAGGAGGCUCUCGAAGUCCUCGCUGCGCUAGAGGGCAACGGUGCCACUCCCGAAUCUCCCUCGGAAUACGCCGUCAGCUACACAUGGUGGCAGCUCAUCACCGGUCGCGGUCCCGCCGGUGUCGUCCGUCGAAUGAUUCUUGGCGCCUGGAUGCAGACCAUGAACCAGAUUUCGGGAAUCAAUGUCACGUCGUACUACAUGACAUACGUCUUCAUCAAUGCGCUAGGAUUAGACGAGUUCCUGGCACGCAUCUUGGCUGCCGCCGGCUCCAUGGACUACCUCUUCUUCUCCUUCAUGGCUUACUUUGUCAUCGAACGCUAUGGCCGUCGGGUUGUCAUGAUGACGUCGGCUACCGGCUGUGCUAUCUGCUGGAUCGUCAUCGCCAUCAGUCUCGGUCUUUCCGAGCAUGGCCUGGCCGAUAAGUACAGGAUGGGAAUCGUAGCUGUGUCAUUCUUCUUCCUGUUCUUUGCCUGCUUUGCUAUGGGCUGCCUUGGUGGUGAGUGUAUCCGCCCUAUCCCAGUCCCCUGGCUCUAUCCCACCGAAAUCAACGCGUUGGCCUUCCGCUCCAAGGGCUCCAGCCUGGCCAUGGCCUCCAACUGGAUCAUGAACUACAUGGUCGCCCAGGUCACCCCUCCCGGAAUCGCCAACCUCGGUUACAAGUUUUGGAUCAUCUGGGCCGUCAUUUGCGCGUCCUUUGUCCCCAUCACCUACCUAUUCUACCCGGAAACGGCCAACCGAUCCCUCGAGGACAUUGACCGCUACUUCUACGACAACCCCGGUAUCUUUGUUUUCAAGAACAAGCAGGCCACGCAGCUUAGCAGACCACAGAUCUACGAAGAUGCCGACAGGGAGAUUGCGGCUCACCAAGGAGCCAGUGAAAAGGUGGUUGACGUUGAGAAUAGCGAGAUGGUAGAGCACGCAGAGAAGCGUCGGUGA